UUUUUUUCUUGGGAAAUGAGGAGUAUUCCAUGGGAACCGUUAUGGUGCAAUAUUAACCCAGGCGGAUGUGGGCUUUAGUUUCGGCUUGGCCUUGACCGAAACGCGUCGUUUUGAUAUUUGAAUAGUUGAUCGAACCCCGUAGGCCACAGCGUAGUCACUACUUACUAGUUCAUAAAAAGGCCCUUCUGGGCCCUGAUGCUCGCACGUGCUGGAGGGGUGGAAUUCUUGCUUGUGUUCCUGAAACUUUGAGAGAGAGAGAAAGAGAGCGCAAAAAUGGAACAACUGAGAAAACUGGAACAAGUGCAGAGGACAAUGACAUUGAUGGAAUCGGGGGGCUGCAGCACCAAUCAUCAAGAUUCUGACCGCUUCCUUGCAAAUCUCAUCCUCCUCUUGAUUCAACCUUGUGGAGAACUCAACAUGGAAACCAAGUGCAGUUUGAUUUCUGAACAUCUCCCUAAGAUUUCAGUUGGAUUUCUUGAGGAUGUAUCGCGUUCUCUAACUGAAGAAGGUGGUCAGAAAAAUAUUGUUCAAAACACUUUCCCACUUUCUCACGAUACUAAGACAGAUAUUGGUCAUUCUGAAACUGAUUUUGAAGACAUGGCCAUGAUUAGGUUGGAUGCAAUGCAAAGAGCAAAUUCAACCCUUGAAGAUUUUGUAAGCAAUUCUUUAUUCUUAAGGUCUUAUUUUAUGUUUCAUGGAAUGGAUGUUAAUGCACCACAAUCAAUAUUCAGAUAUCUGCCCAUGCUUUCAUUCACUGAGAGUUAUAUUUAUCAGUUGGACACUUGGAAUGAGAAAAUGUUGCAUAUACCAACCAAUGGAAAUACUGUUGUGGGAGGAUCCAAUGUGGAAAAAAAUCGGAGUGGGAUUAUUAAGCUCAUGGAGGUGUUCCAAACUGAUCCAUUUAGACCACUUGUUCUUUUAUUUGAGCAUCAUGGACUCUUGACAGAAAGGAUAAGGGAAGAAUUGAGAUGUGGAGAAGAGUAUUGGGAUCUGGAAAGAAAGCUUUGUUGUUUAUUGCUGACCAAAAACAAGGUUUCAAUAGAAGAUGUGAUGAGGGCAAUUCAUCUUAAAUCCUUUGAUUAUCGAGUGCUGAAUCUUCUGUUGUAUCAGUUGAGAGGAGCAAAGGUUAAUGACUUGCAUAUGGAAUUUCUAUCAAUCUCGGAAUUCCUUGUAGAGGUGUCUGACGAUUUGUUUGAUUAUGAGGAUGAUGUGCUAGAGAAUAAUUUUAAUAUUUUGCGCAUGUUUGUCAGAAUAUAUGGAGCUUCAACAGCACAGACCAUGCUGGCAAAAUGCAUUAGUGAGGCUGAAGAGAAGUAUGAUCAUUUACUGAAAACUUUGGAUCCCCAGCUGUCAUCAAAGUACCGGAGAAGAUGUGAAGAAGCCACUAAAGAAGGUGGGAAGAUAUCUGGACAUGCUCUUGGGACAUGGAGUAUGCCGCCUGCAAUUGUGGACGAGGACUUGUAUAGAUCCAAUGUGUUAAGUUCUAGAUCAACAAUGGUACCUCCUGAUAGACAUAGUUUGGAAUGAUGCUGAAUUCAAAUCCCUACCUGCUAGCUAUGCAGCAUGCCAUGAUUGUGCUUCAGCACUCAGAAAACAUGUCUUCCACCUCCAAUUUUUGCUCUGAUAUAGCUUUACCAGGUACAUCCCCAUUUGUUGGUUGUCUCGUGUAGUUGGCUUGCUUGUGAUUCUGAACCAUUUGGUUACAAUAGUCAUUAAGGCAAAUUUCCAGUUCUAUCUUUGGUUUGCAAAUCAGUUUGGAGUAACUUAUAAAUCAAAUGGUUCAAGAGCAAUGAAUGAUUAUGUCUUUUACCAGCA